AGUUUAUUCAGUUUUUGAUUGUUGGGGUUUAAGCCAAGGAGAUUUCAGAUUUGAUAAUAAAGUUUUCUCUUUUAUACUUUCUUCUUCAUCAUCAUCAUAAACCCUUACUCAACUCCCCCUUCAGAUUCACUUCCCACCAAUAAUGAUGGCCUCUCACAAUCUUGCUUCCAAAGGGUUUGCUUUUUUCUAUCAUAUGCCCAGAGUGAAGCCUGUUGAUCAUUGGGUUUAUCCAUUUCGAGCUCUUUUCUCGACCCACAUUGUUGGCGAUGAACCAAUUCUCGUUCGUGAUUUCAUCCAUUCUGCAUUGUAUGAUCCCAAACAUGGAUACUUCUCUCAAAGAUCGCGGUCUGUUGGUGUACUCGAGAGAAGUAUUAAGUUUAAUCAGCUUGAAGGGAGGCAAGCUUACAUGAAACACCUAGACAAAAUUUACAAGGACAGUGAUAUAUCAUGGUUUACUCCUGUUGAACUCUUCAAGCCUUGGUAUGCUCAUGGAAUUGCUGAAUCCAUAUUGCGCACUGCUAACCUUUCGGUUCCACUUAAAAUAUAUGAAAUUGGCGGUGGAUCUGGAACUUGUGCUAAGGGAAUAAUGGAUUACAUAAUGUUGAAUGCACCACCUAGAAUUUACAACAAUAUGACAUACAUCUCAGUAGAAAUUAGUCCCUCUCUUGCGGAAAAACAAAGAGACACUGUUGGAGAAGUUCGAAGUCACUUAUCAAAGUUUCGAGUAGAGUGUCGCGAUGCUGCUGAUAAGAGUGGAUGGGGAGAAGUGGAGCAACAACAAUGUUGGGUGAUAAUGCUUGAGGUACUUGAUAAUCUUCCUCAUGAUCUAAUCUAUGCGAAAGAUCAAGUUUCGCCUUGGAUGGAAGUAUGGGUAGAAAAGCAAAAGGAAAGGGGAACUCUCGAAGAACUGUAUAAGCCAUUGCAAGACUCGCUUAUUAAGCGAUGUUUUGAGAUAGUUGACUUCGACAACAGUCAGAAGACUCAAAACAGGGUGAUUUCAAAAGCACAAAGCGUUUGGUCAAAAGUAUUUCCGAAACCUCGAAGAUGUUGGCUUCCAACUGGAUGUUUGAAACUACUCGAGGUCUUACAUGGUGUCCUACCGAAGAUGUCUUUAAUCGCUUCAGACUUUAGUUACUUACCAGAUGUUAAAGUGCCUGGUGAGAGAGCUCCAUUAGUUUCAACCAAGAAAGAUGGCAGUAGCUCAGAUUAUAGCAGUUAUCUUGAUGCAAAGGGUGAUGCUGAUAUCUUUUUCCCUACCGAUUUUUUGCUUUUGGAAAAUAUCGAGCAUUACUGUUCUGGAUGGCAGAGACCGAACAAAGGUGAAUCGUCCAAGCAAGGGAAAAAAAGGCGAACAAUCAUACUCGAUACCUCUUCGUUUAUGGAAGAGUUUGGAUUGCCCUCGAAGACGAGAACCAAAGACGGAUACAACCCGCUUUUGGAUGAUUUCAAGAACACUAAAUUCUACCUUAGUGUCCCUACACAUAACACAAAAUAGACAAUUAUGAUUCAUGCUCAAUUGACACUUAUUUUUGGAAAAUAUGGUUACUUGGGUUUUUGGAGAUUUCUAUUUUAAUGAGGUGGGAUUCGAUACAAUUUCGAUACUAAACUAGGAAACCGAAGUACAAAUAAGUGAGUUGCUUUGUUUUUUUUUUUUUUAUAAGUACACAGUUCUUUUGAUACUGAUAAAGAGCAUUGCUAUUAGACACUAACGGUACUUAAUACCAUUAUCAGGUGAUGCUUUAUUAAAUUAAAUUUAUUUUGUGGGAUUCAAUAUUUAAUUUUAUAUGAUACUUCAUAGUGGUAGGGUGCCUUUCAGCAUUGUAAUAAGAGAAUAUGAGGAAUUGGAUGUAGACUGUUGAGGGGUCUUUAGAAAAUUGGGAAACUUUCUCAAUUUCUAUGUAUUCUUGAUAAUUUUCAGCAUUCUUUUUAUUCUUUUCAUGAAAUAAAAUGAAAAAAAAAACACUUUGUAGCUCU